UCAGUCAAACAUGUCAGACGUGCUGGUGUGUGUUCGUGAUUAUGAGCUUCGCGCUCGACAGAUUCUGCCAAAAGCUGUGUUCGAUUAUUAUUUCUCAGGAGCCGAUGAGCAGGAAACUCUGCGUGAUAAUGUAGCGGCAUUCAAGAGGUGGUGUUUUUACCCUCGUGUUCUGAGAGAUGUGUCCACUGUGGAUUUGUCCACCACAGUUCUGGGUCAGAGAGUCAGUUUACCCAUCUGUGUGUCUGCCACCGCCAUGCAGAGAAUGGCUCAUCCGGAUGGAGAGACAGCCACUGCCAGAGCGUGUCUUUCCUCUGGCACGGGGAUGAUGCUGAGCUCCUGGUCCACCUCCAGCAUUGAGGAGGUGUGUGAGGCUGCACCGGGAGCCGUGCGCUGGCUGCAGCUCUACAUCUAUAAAGACAGAGCGCUGACUCAGUCUCUGGUCAGGAGGGCCGAGGAUGCCGGCUAUAAGGGCAUCUUUGUCACCGUGGACACGCCUUAUCUUGGCAGGCGACGCGAUGACGUGCGCAACCGAUUCAAGCUGCCCUCUCAUUUGAGGAUGGCGAAUUUCGAGUCUCCAGAUUUAGCGUUCUCCAAGAAGGAGGGUUACGGGGAGGACAGCGGGCUGGCGGUGUAUGUGACGCAGGCUAUUGAUGCCACGGUGAGAUGGCAGGACAUCGGCUGGCUGAAAACGCUCACAAAGCUGCCUGUGGUGGUCAAAGGGGUACUGACAGAAAGAUAG